UCACAGCUACUUCCUUUCCUCUGAGUGAUUUUUUCAACCUUAUCUGCCAUAUAUUUUCAGUCUUGAGUGCUGGCAAGUUUAAGUCAUAUUCAUUUGAUUGAUAUAGAAAGCAGCAUGAGUGUGAGCAGUAGUUUGGCUGGGCGACUAGGAGUGCCUGGCAGAGGUUCCGUGUCCGCCAGAUCAUCAAUGGUCAAAGGCAGAGCUGCUACUAAGAAACUCUCAACUGGUGUUGGGGGAGCCUUAGCACAUCGUCUUGGAGUGCCCGUGUCAUCUGUGGGGUCCAGUCUCAGUGUUGGCAUCAAAGCCAGACUUGGUGUGGGUGCCAAGAAGACUGCAUACUUUAGGCCACAUAACCAGCAAUAUUAUUCACCAUACCCUGCAGAGGAGAGACUCAGUGCCGGUGCCGUGAGUGCAGACAGAUGGCGCAGAAAUAUUCGCACUGCAGACUUGGCUGCUCGUAGAGGCAUUAAUGAUGGUAAAGCAUUCUCAGGAGCAGCCCCUGCACGCUUGAAGAUGUCGAGUGGUCGGCUGGUGGGAGGCAUGCACGCGGACCUCAUCAAAGAAAUGACUGGGCUCCGAGGCGCCGCCACACCUCAGUUCUCGCCCGAGUUUCGUCCAUCUGGACGCCCCGUAGUCGCCAUGGACGCCACGCGCGGGCUGACGGUGAGCCUGCACAACAACAAGGGGCGACAGCGCGGGGGUGGCGCCUCCUACCGCCAGCACGACGACCGCGCCGGCCCAUCGUCGCCCCUCGCCUGGGAGAGUGACGAGGACGUCGGCCUCGAGCUCAGGGGUCGGCGGAGUCGCGUGUAUGAUGCCGAAGCAAUGGAUGUCGACACAGGGGUUGAUGUGUACAACGCUUCGUUGAUGUUUACACGAACCACCACCCAUCACCAUCAUCAUCACCAUCACGGCCCGCCAUCUCUGUCCCCAUCUCCACCGGCACCACCGCGCCACCGAGCUGCCCUACCAUCCCGAGGACGAUCUCCCCCACCCACCUCAAGUUACCGUCCUGUCCGCCGUGAUGUGUCCCCCUACCGACCACCUCCUUUGGCGCGCCGCUCCUCCAGCCAAUAUGUGCAAGAAGACGAACCUUAUUACUCGGAGGAUUACUCACCCCCGCCUCCACCUUCCCCUCCAAGCUUCCACCCGCGGUAUAAAGUUCGCCCGUCUUUGUCCCCUUCCCCCGUGGUGCAAGCUUCCAUCAAAACCUCUCGUGCGGCCACCAAGCUCCCCAAAUCUUCCGUCAAAUCCGUCAAGGCCGUAAAGCGCACUAAGCUCAUGAAACCUGCCAAGAAGAGCAGGAAAGUCAAGGCUGGUAAAAUCGUAAAGGGCAAGAAGACGAAACAAUUUCGUUCCACGCGCUCCUCGUCUCCUGACACCAUCAGCAGUGACUCCAGCAGCUCCUCGUCGUCUGGUUCCUCUUCAUCAUCAGAGAUCCCUAAACGACCAGCGUACAAGGCCCCUAAGGAGCGAGUUUUGCCCGAGCCUCAUCAGCAGGUGUUGGACCCGCAAGUUCGUGAAAGUAUUGCGUCGCUGCAAGGCAAGGACCCCAAGAGCAAAAGUGGGCCAGGGCCUGGCAUCAAAAACCUGGUUUUUGUCCCGAACAAAACCGGCAAGUCCCUGAAUCAACGCUUCACCUUCACUGACAGAUGAACAACUCGCCUAUCUCUAGUAUCCUUAUGUGAUAAGAAAAACGCUAUUAGAAAGCCAUAAGACAGGGAUCGUAAACUGGAGUGAAGCUCUUUCUGAUACUUCAUUCCCUUUUUUGAGUGUGGGGUUAAUAAUGGGACGAAAGCUUAUAUUGAAUCAAAAAUAUGUAAAAUGGCAAUCUUUGGUGAGGAGAGACAUGCUUUUUGGCAUGCUGAGUUAGGCUACAAGGUAGAACCUGUGUUUCUUGACAAGCUGCAAUUAGGGAUAAAUGACGAUGUCACGAUAAAUUUUUUUGUCCCUUUUCACUGGAUGGCAAUAAAUUAAAGUGUUUAGGUCAAGUCUAGUGUUGGCUUUACAAUGUAAAGUACAGCACUUUGUAUGGAACAAACUGCAAUUUCCUAUGCUCGGUUCCCAGCAAUCUACAAUCCUAUGCUCGUUGGCUUGAUUGUAGCUGCGGUUCAGAACUUCUUUAUUUCAACUAUGCCGGAAAUUGCCCCUGCUUAGUGCGAUAAGUAAAAGUUCUGCUGUGUAGACGUUGAAUGCAGCAUUAUUGUGAAUAGGAUAUGUUGAUAGUUCUUAUUAUUCAAAAUUUAAUAAAGAAGCUAUGUAAUUGCGAGAUUUAAGCAGCAUUAUUACGUCGGGUUAGAAUAUUAUUGUACCAUUUAAGUUCUUGCAUAGUUUGUUCAUAGUUUUGGUGCAGAUCAUAUGACCUCCCGCUGUUUAGUGAUAAAAAAAAUUACUUGUGCAAAAAGUAAAGGUUUGUGCUGUGCCUCGUUUAACCAAACUUAAGUUGUCGUGGCAUUUAAAGAAAUGGUACGGAAUUCAAGUCAGUUUAUCGGCUAUUCUCCGUGUAAGGCCAUUUAUGAGAGAAUACUUUCUGUUUUCAUUGUUACGCUAAAUUUGAUACUUCAAUGGGUUAUGUUACUUUACAGUCAUAUGUUGGAAUCUUCCCUUACACCCACCGUACGCCCCCUACCACAUGCCCCUUUCACUACCUUACCACGUGCCUCUAUCACUAUCCUACCACACGUUCCAAUCGCCAGCUCCUACCUACCCACUCCCUUACCUCUCGUCUCUACCAUCCUUGCUAACGCUAGUGCGGUACUAGUGACCGGUAAAUUCUUCUAAUGUUUCUCAGUUCUCCUUUAUUUAUUUCCCUAAGUAUUUCAUAAACUUCCCUCCGCCUGGUCCCAAUUGCUACAGAUUUCUGGCGUGUAGAUCCGCAAAAUUCAUAUAUUCUCAUUCAAGAGCUAACAACCGUCGUAUGUUCGGGAUAUUUAAUAUAUAAAUUUGUUCAUUUCUUAGUUGUUAUGUUCUUUCCAUUUGAUUUCACUGAUUAUUUAAGUAUUAAUAUUUAUUUAUUUCAUUUUCAUGACUUGAACGUGUUGUGUUGAUUUUACUUUAAGUUUAAUGACCUGAUAUUGCAUCUGUGGUAAAAAAAAAGCCUGCGAUGUGUAAAGUUUCAUUGCCGUGGUACUUCAAUAAAAGGCAUUUCAUUGGAGAAUUAUGCAAUCCUCUCAGUAGUGAAGCAUAAGGUUGGAGUUGCCAGUAAAGUGAUGAUUUUAUA